AUGCCUCUGGAUGCAGCCGCCUUGAAGCGACUGCCUGGCGUUCAAUGGCACCAACCGCCACCCGUAGCAGGCUAUCCUCAAAUGAUCCCGCAGCCAAUCCCUCAGCAAGCUGCUCUAGGGCAGGCGAUGCCCACAGCCUAUGGGUCUGCCGGUCAGCCAAUCGCCGCACCCUGUCUCCCCGGGCAGCUGCAACAGACACCACAAGUGUCCGGUGCAGGAUGGUCACUGCCUCGAUUAGGCGCUUUCGCGCUGAAGGGCAUUGACAGUCCCAUUGUCUUGAACGAGCUGCGCCUUUUCGACGACAGAGGCGUCAGCGAGACUUUCCCUGAACCGAAGACAAAAGGACGUGUGUCGAAUUGA